AUGUCGUCCUUUUUUGGCCGAUUCAAGUCCAGCGCGGGAGGCACCAGCCCCAAUAUUGGCAGUUCGCCGAUGAAGAGGGACCCCAAUGCCCCGCAACUGACUCCGCUCGAGAAACUGCUCGUUGACGCUGGCCCCGUCCGGAGCGAUGGAAGUGACAAAUUCUUUGGCAUGGAGAACUUUGGAAAUACUUGCUACUGUAAUUCAAUCCUGCAAUGUCUCUACUUCUCCGUGCCCUUCCGCGAACAGGUCAUGAAUUACCCUCAAAUCUCGCCGAAUCGCACACCGGACGCUUCGUCCGAAAUCCUACCACAAUUCGACACCAACGGAACAAGCCCAAUAAAUAUCCCGAAUGCGCCCACAUCCCUCGCUCGAGGAGCCCCCUCAGUAGGGCCCCCUUCCGUGUCGUCGCCGACCACCGUAUCCUUUCGCAAACCCAUGUCUGCGCCAGCUGGACCUGGCGGGCAGCAACCUCUCCGACCCGAGGACGUCAAGGAUUCACCCGAGUACAAGAAGAAGCAGGCGAUGCUUACCGGACCAAUCUUGGCCAUGGAGCACGCCAACGCGGCCACGUACGGCAUGACGGAAUCAUUAUUCACCUCGCUCAAGGACAUUUUUGAGGCCGUCCGCGCCCAUUCGUCCCGAAUCGGCGUCGUUAGUCCGCAACGGUUUCUCGAGGUCUUGCGUAAUCAGAACGAAAUGUUUCGGUCCUCGAUGCACCAAGAUGCCCACGAAUUCCUGAACCUCUUACUGAAUGAAGUCGUCUCGGAUGUGGAAGCGAAUGCGAAAAGGGUUCAAGAGGAGACGGAACGAAAAGCCGUGGAAGCUGGCAGUCCUGUCCCGGAUAUGCUAGAGUCUUUCAUGACCCCCACUAUCUCGCAUGGACUGCCGAACCCGACCCGAUGGGUACAUGAGCUUUUUGAGGGGACGCUUACCUCCGAGACGAAAUGCUUGACCUGUGAAAACGUGUCGCAGCGCGACGAGCCGUUUCUCGAUCUGUCUGUGGAUCUAGAGCAGCAUUCAUCGGUCACAUCGUGUCUGCGAAAAUUCUCAGAAGAGGAAAUGCUGUGCGAACGCAACAAGUUUCACUGUGACAACUGCGGCGGGCUACAAGAGGCAGAAAAGCGUAUGAAGAUAAAGCGAUUGCCGCGGAUUCUAGCGCUCCACCUGAAGCGCUUCAAAUAUACCGAGGAUCUGCAACGAUUGCAGAAGUUAUUUCACCGAGUCGUAUAUCCUUUCCACCUCCGCCUUUUCAAUACAACCGAUGAUGCAGAGGACCCGGACCGCCUUUACGAACUAUACGCAGUCGUGGUGCACAUUGGCGGUGGCCCUUACCAUGGUCACUACAUUUCCAUUGUCAAGACGCAAGAUCGUGGCUGGCUGCUCUUUGACGACGAGAUGGUGGAGCCCGUCGACAAGAGCUACGUUCAAAACUUUUUCGGUGACAAGCCCGGUCAAGCAUGCGCCUAUGUCCUGUUCUAUCAAGAAACAACGCUAGAGGCGGUACAGCGCGAGCAAGAAUUGGAAGGGCUUGCCCAAGCACAGGCCACAACGCAGGCGGCAUUGACUGAACAAUUACUCGCCGGCCGAUCCAAUGGCGAUCUUCCCAACGGCUUACAGCACGCUCUGACGACAGGCGGUGCUCCGGACCCUGAGCAUGAAGACUUUGCGAGACUACACCACGCGACCACGGCACCAACAGAGUCUCCACAUGCCGGGGUCAUUGAGCCCAAGGCCCACCCAGGAGUAGAUGGCACCCCUCUCUCCCCAGGAGGCCUCUCAGCUGCGCUCGGCAGUUCGCUUAGCCCGACGAGCCAAGUAAGCGCAAGCUUCCCUCCGCGGGUUGGCCCGGGCGUAACGACUGCGGCCCCCGUGCAAUCGAAAAAGGAGCGUGCGCGGGAGGAGAAGGAACGCAAGGCAGCUGAGAAGGAGCGGGAAAAGCAAGAAAAGCAACGAAUCAAAGAGGAAGCACUUCGCCGAAAGGAAAACGAAAAGCGUCAGCAGGAAGACAUCAAGGCUGCGAUUGCUGCAAGCAAGUUGUCGCACAAGGCCGAAGAAGAUCAGCGCGUCUCACGGGAUAAUGCUGCUCCUGCAGGCGAAAACAAGGAGAAUGGGGCCGCGCCCGCGCCAGCACCGAGUAACCUAGGCGGAAUGAGUGGUAGCCUUGACCGCUUACGCCAUGGCAGCAGAAGUUUCCGAAGUCGGUCGAAAUUUUGGGGCAGUGGAGGAGGCAGUGGCAGCGGUGUUAGUAGCCUUGUCAGAGACCGAGACGAUGCCAAACAGCCCGUCAUUCAUGAGGGCAUGCCCAUGGAGACGGAUACGGCUCCGCCCGUGACCAGUCCACUGCCACCGUCGUCGGUCGGUGAACCGCCAGUUUCUGUUACUGAUUUUGCUGGUUCCGCUGUUCCUGCCCCUGCCGCCGCCGCCGCCGCCGCCGCCGCCACCGCAGCGGCUACUGAUCGUCCUACGCAACGAGCUGAAGCAAGGACCUCGACGACAACACAGCCCCCGCCUCUGUCACAGCCCUCUACGCCUGAGAAGCCCGAACGACAUCGCUCGCAUCGGUUCAGUCUGCGAAAGAGAACGUCCAAUAUCUUGCAAUAG